AUUUUGGCACAAAUUGUUGUAAAGAAACUAGUUAACAAUUCAGCAAUUAUAAUAAAAAAAAAUUAGAUUAAGUGAUAUAAAAGAAGACAAAUUAGUUAUUUUUUAGCGUCGUAACCUCCACUUAUCUAUUGUCGGAACUUUGUGUAAAGUAAAUAUAUAAAUUGGUUAUAUCUGGCUGUAUGACACCAAAACCUGUUGUUGUAUAAAUAUUAGAAAAUGAUCUUAGUUAGUUGGGUGUAUGCUAUUUUAACGUCAACCCAACAAAAUCGUGAUUCGAAUUAAUCAGAGCUCUGCACUGCGUUCUGCAACUUAUGGAGCCCAACGCCGCUCUGCCUAAACUCAUUACUACUUUUAUACAUCCAAGAAUAGUGCUGGGGUUCAGUGAGACAAUAUGUUCACUACUUGUAUAUGCAUUAAAGAAUUGGGUGAUUCGGAAACGUGCGAGGAAGAAUGACCUCUAUAGUUGCCGUCACUCACGCUCACAUCGAACCCGUGCGAAGUUAAUACCAAGUUCCGACAUAUUCGAAAUUAUUGCCAACUGUAUUCAAGUAACAUCAGGACAUCCAUGUUUGGCGGUCACAAUGAUGAAGUGCAUCCCGUUAUUGAUAAUAAGUUCAUGCUUGUUCUCAUCAGAAUCAUUCGCUUCUGUGACAUGGAGGGUUAAACUCUCCUACACCUGUUAAAAUUUAUAAAAUUUAUUUUGGCUUAGUAAUCCGAGUGAAGAUCUCAUCCAAUCUCCUACUCCUGUCACUAUUCUGUUCAAUUAGGGUGCUGGGUUUGAUCCUACAAAAUUACCUAGGUGUUUAUGACUACCAGAAGAGACUGCAUGGAUAUCAUGGUUGCUCUCGUAGAUUUUGAUUCUUCAUCCAGAAUAUUUAGUUUGCUAUACUGUUUGAAAUGCUCUCCAUGUUUCAAAGCCUGUUUUGUUACAAGCUGUUUGAAAUUCAUUCAUUUUUUUAAAGGAAAGUCAAAUUAAAGUUAUCUUAUGUUUUAAAUCACGAUUUGAAAUAUUAUUAAGCUUUCUCCUGCUGUCUGAGAUAUUUGCGCUUAGUAAGUUUUAGGACUCCGUAAUGAUAGAAGCCCUUACUGGUCACUAUACGUUGGGGCUACAUGCAGUGAGGCUAAAUAUCCUGACACAUGCAUUGCCAAAGUUGCUGGAAAAAGGGGAGUUUGAGACAACGAGACACUCGCUAUCAUUGUCCACCUUGCGCUAGACUGCGACCGAAACAACUUAGCAGCGCAAACUACGGAGAGCAUAGCAAAACAUAACGGGAACCAAAGAAAUACACAUCAAUUCAGGAUGACCAACUAAAAUAGUCAAAAUCCAGAACUCAGGAAUUACCAUUUGAUUAACAAGGAAGGAAAAUUUCAGAUUGUACCCCCAACUUAUGUCUAAAACUUAAUGUUCUUUGAUGAUUGUUGUUAAAAACAAAUCGUUCCGCAACAUAGAUACCUAAAUAGUAAAAAGAUACUUGCUAUCAGGAUGUCUCAGUCAAAUAUACUCUGUGAGGUGGAACAAACAGAUUCAAUGGAGGAAGUAAUCGAUCGCGAAACCUUCAAUAAUAUGAAUGUAACUGCAGUUAGUGUCGGAUAUCCACAAUUUGGCAUUCUAGUCAGAAGUGAUCAAUAUGAAGAAGAAGUUGCUUCAAAAAAUGAAGAUCCUCAGGAUAUUGUGAUGCAAAAUAUCGAAGACGUAUUCAAAAGCGAAGGUAUAGUGAUACAUUCAGAUUCCCACCUACCCACUAAUCAUAAGAAAACUGCAAACGAUCACUCUUUUAAUAGUAAUCUGUAUGUGGAAUCAUCAGUACCAAUGGUUGAAACUCCCAGCCAACUAACUGUAAUAUCUACACGGAAACGAAGACCUGUGAUUAAGCAACUCAACCCAGUUACAUUGACUAGUAAUGUGGGUGAUGAUCAAAUGAGUACGAUUGGUGCGCAUGAUGAUCAAAUUCUCAGUGGUGAAUUCAGGAACAACGUAGUAUUAUUUAAUCAACAACAGCAGAAAUACAUUAAUAAAUAUGAGCUACCGCAAUUACAACAUACCGCUGGUGCGGUAACUACAAAUACGAGUAAUACUAUAUGCUAUAAGCCUGUAGAAAUUAUGGAAGAACCUGCUAAGCCACGUCGUUGGGAGCAGAAGCAGGUGCAAAUAAAAACAAUGGAAGGAGAGUUUAGUGUAACCAUGUGGGCUUCCGGCAACUCAGAUGAUGAAACAUCAAAUCCAGAACAUGAGACAGAUUAUCAAGAGUUCAUAUCCUGUGAGGAACAAGAAGUGGAUGAGGGAUGUAACAUUUCUGAUCCUGUACAGGGAUUAGUGCCUACUAUCGAUAGUAAUGAUUUUCAACCAGAUCAUCUAUUACAUCGACAACUUAUCUUACAACAACAAGAGUUGCACCCCUCACAAGUGUUAGUACAGAACGCGGUCGAUUCUAGUGACGCAUCAAACCCGUUAGAUGGUGGAUGUGGUGGUACAAAUGGACCUACAUUAAUAGGCUUAGAUAUAUCUUCACACCCACAGUUAUCUGAAUAUGCAGGCCCUAGCAACAUUGACAAUAAUUUAAGAUUUAAAAAGACUGUAUCAAAUAAUAAAACCGACACUUUUAUAACAUCAGAUGAAAAAAAUGCCAAAAAUGUAGUUUUGCCAGUUUCACGCACGGCUGUUUUGACCGCACCACUUAUGCAUCCCACCAAUGCCGCUGUUAUUACUAUGACUAGUAUGGAUAGCGGUACCUUAUCAACCUCGACAUUACCCGUAAGUGUUGUUGUACAACAAAAUCAACAAGUUAUUUCCACUUCACCACCGCCCUUAAGCUAUAGUAACAAAAUCAAUACGGCGGCAACUGAAACCAAUUGCAAUGGUCCUGGAGAGAAACGGAUCGCAUGCCCACAAAAGGGAUGUUACAAGUUUUUUCGUGAUAACUCUGCAAUGCGUAAACAUCUACACACCCACGGUCCGCGUGUACAUGUUUGCGCUGAAUGUGGAAAAGCCUUUGUUGAGAGUUCAAAGCUAAAGCGUCACCAGCUGGUACAUACUGGAGAGAAGCCAUUUCAGUGCACAUUUGAAGGUUGUGGCAAACGGUUCUCACUGGAUUUUAAUUUAAGAACUCAUGUUCGUAUUCACACGGGCGAUCGACCAUAUGUUUGUCCUUUCGAUGGUUGUAACAAAAAGUUUGCGCAGUCUACAAACUUGAAAUCACAUAUUUUAACACACGCUAAAACUAAGCGAAGUACACUAGUUGGUAAUUGCAGUAAUAUCAGUAACGAUUCCAGCAGUGUAGUGCAGAUAGCUACACAAAAUCUUAUAAAAGUAGAAAUGAACGAAAUUGAUUCCAACUCCUCCUACGUUGUUUACACUGAUUAAUAUACAUAUACUUUUAUCAACAUAAAAACAUAUGCACAAACAGCAAUAUUGAUUUGUUUCGUUUUUUAAUUUUAUUUUCUCUAUUUAACUACGAAUUACUGCUAAGUUGUAAUGAAUUUUUACUAAACCUCCAUGAAAGCGUGAGGUAUUAAUGAAAAAUAGAACGUUGUUUUAAUUUUAUAUUAGCUAUUUAAACUAAACAUAAACCACUUUUUGUAUGAAUGAUUUGAAUGAACUAAUUUGUAAUUUGUGCUAUACUGAACACUUUAUGUAUAUAUAUUUUUUUAAAUAGAUACACUUAUUAUAAAUUGUCGGAGAUAGUCUUUCUAGUAAUACACACGUACAUUAAUGAGCCAGUUUGAAUUUAAUGGAAAAUGUUAUCAAAUAAUACACAAUGAACUUUGACAUUAUACAUGCGUUGGACGUCUACAGCUCUUGAAUUGAUCAAUUGUCCAAAGGCAAUGUUUUGGCAUAUUUCUUACAAUUUAUCACAGCAUAUUUCUUACAAUGUUUUACAGCGUUAAACACAUUUUUGACAUGUUUAUGGGAAAACAUGAAGUGCAAAUCAUAAAUUUAGAAAAUUAGAUUUUUUAGUUUAUUCAGUAUUGCCUUUUCGCUAGCAUACACGCUAUUGUCAAAUAUUUUAACGGUACUCUGCAGUAGAUGAGUAAAUAACCGGCUACCUGAUGUAAAAAUCUAUUAAUUAAUCAAAUUAUCGGUUUUUAUAUUAUUUAUAAUAUUAUCAUUUAAAAAGAAUUGUAACCAAAAAAAAUUGUCAAAUUUUUAGUUUUGCUAUGUUUCAGUCUACUUCAAUUUAAACAAUACAAAUACGCAUCUGUCUGCCAUUAUAAAAAAAAAAAUAAACACAAUUUUAACGGAUACAUGUAUAAUUAAAUUAUUUCUGUGAACUUGAAAUACGCAUUUUUUAGCUGAAUUCAAUUGUAACAUAAAUUAUACAAAUAAACCAUUGUAACUUUUCCAAUGCA